AUUCUUCUUUGCAAUUCGACACUACUGCCACGUAGCCCCAACUUCCUGGAGGGCCAGAGGUUUUCCAGGAGCAUUUUUGUGUAUUGUUUCCUGCUGCCAGAGGGCUUCCUGUUGGUGCCAGAGCAGGAGGACAGUACACGAAAUGGAGAUGAUCUUUUUAUUGUUUCCCAUAUACUCUACAGUGAAUGUCUUCUGAAAGAUGGAUUUAGAGCUGCAUGGUCUGGCUUAAAUGUGCACAUAACAGGACAGAAGCAAUGAGUUCUCCUAUCACGCCAUUGGCCAGUGUGGUGUCUACUCUGGGCGGACUUGUCUUUGGUUAUGAGCUGGGCAUCAUAUCGGGUGCUUUACUGCAGCUCAAGGUUGAUUUCAGGCUGUCGUGCAUUCAGCAGGAGGCGCUGGUCAGCUCCUUGCUGAUAGGAGCCUUGCUGGCCUCGAUCAUUGGCGGCUGCUUAAUUGACCGUCAUGGCUCCAGGAACUCCAUCCUCAUCAGCAAUGUCAUGAUCCUGACAGCCAGCCUGGUUCUGCUCAUCAACUCAUUCUUAGCGCUGGUUAUAGGAAGGAUCACAAUAGGCUUUGCCAUGUCUGUAUCCUCCAUGUCCUGCUGCCUCUUUGUGUCUGAGGUAGUAAGUCCAGACCGCAGAGGUUUCCUGGUAACACUGUAUGAGGCUGGGAUUACUGUGGGCAUCCUGUCAGCUUAUGCCAUUAACUAUAUCCUGUCUGGCUAUAAAAGAGGGUGGAAGUGGAUGUUUGGUCUAGCUGUGGUACCAACACUGGUACAGCUCAUGUCCAUCUGCUUACUCCCUUCCAGUAGUAAGGAUUCUUUCAACCAGAGUCAGUGCUUUCAAAAUGACAGCACUGAAGCCCAAGAAGCAGAUGACUCAAAAGUGCAGUCUAGCAAGAGAAAUAAGAAGGUUCAACACAGCACUUUCUACCUGUUCAAGCGCCAGGACAAUAUGAGGACUCGGACUGUCAUCGGGCUGGGAUUAGUUCUCUUUCAGCAGUUCACAGGCCAGCCAAACGUACUGUUUUAUGCCUCCACCAUCUUCCACACAGUGGGAUUUCAGAGUGACUCCUCAGCAGUGUUGGCAUCAGUUGGGUUGGGGUUGGUCAAAGUGAUUGCUACUCUGAUAUCCAUGGCGUUUUCAGACAGAGUGGGCAGAAGGCCUCUGCUCAUCGGAGGCUGCUCUGUCAUGGCUCUGUGCCUAAUAACCAUCGGACUCCUCAGUGGACAUUCGCAGGUGACUGCUAUGAGACCUUGUAAUUCUCAAAACAUUGACGUUAACGAAACACGUGCACAUCACUCACCUGUUGGCAAUAACUCUGGAAGCCACUCUCUUUUUAAAAACACCACACAAGAUAAAGAUGUAGUGUUCAAUAAAAUCGGCCACAUUUCUUUGGAACCCACUCCAGAAACUUUUACUAAAGUCCACGGCAAAGUGAUCAACUGGAUCAUCCUCCUGUGUAUGAUGGGUAUUGUCAGUGCAUACUCUGUUGGAUUUGGACCAAUGACAUGGCUCCUCCUGAGUGAAAUAUUUCCAGCUGCUGUUAAAGGAAGAGCAUUCGCAUUCACCAACUGCUUCAACUGGGCUGCAAAUCUGCUGGUCACCUUCACCUUUUUGAAUGUUAUUGAUAUGAUUGGACUGUCAGGGAUGUUUCUUGUGUAUGGGCUGACUGCUGUGGCAGCUGCAGUGUUCUUCUACUUCAUGCUACCAGAGACAAAAGGGAAGACUCUGGAGGAAAUAGACAAGGAGCUGCGUUUGAAAAGGUUUUACCACCAUCGGGAGUGCUGUGGCUUCAUCAGCAGCAGAAAUACCUCCCCACGAUACCAGAGAGUGCACUGUCAGGUUUGCACAUCGGGGUGAACCAAAAAGAUAAUGAACUGUUUAGGAAGACAUCACCUCAAACAGCUGACCUGAAAUCUUUAGUCAAAAUAAAAAUCGACAGUUAGUGUGUGCCUAAGUUCAUGAGGGUUGAACAUGAAUGAUAUAGGACUUUGUAACAUGUCUUUGAAUUUAACUGGGUGACAUGAGCUUGUUUUUUUGUUUUUUUAACAUUGUGGGCUUAUUGGAUUUCUUUCUAGCCAGGACCCUUACUGGAUACCAGAUGGGGAAAACAAACUUGCGACUCUCACUCCAAAGGUGUCUAGUCUUACCACUACACUAUCCAGCUGCAGGGGAUAGUGGGGAUGAGAGGUGACUGUCAAACAAAAGGUUUGCUUGUUUAUCUCAAAAUAUCAACUUUAAGAUAUUAAGUCUUGUGGAGGACGGCAAAUUUUUUGGGCUUUUGCUUUCAUAGA